CAGUCACUCCAAGUCAAAGACCAACAUCAGAGCAAAAAGCUCGAGUCAAACACUUGCAACAAACAAAAUGCCACCACGAAGGCGACGGGUUGAGCUGGACGACGACGACGACGACGACAACGAUGAGGAACGCGCUGUGGCGUCGGAUCAGGACGAAGCGAGAGAGCGAGACGACGAUGAUCAGGACGACGUCGACGAUGAGGAAGAUCAAGACGAUGAUCAAGAUGAUCAAGAUGACGACAAUGAGCGACCAGCGCGCGUCACGCGAGGACGAGGACGAGGGCGAGGGCGAGGACGAGGACGAGGAAGGCCGCCCAAGAAUCAGACGCAGGGCAUUGGCAGCAAGCGAGGCCAGGCUGAGCAGAGAUCAACCAAAGCCAAGUCAGCGCGUGGAUCCGGAGGGUCAUCAGGAACAACGCGGGCAAGUCGAGGCGGAGUAAAACGAGCGCGAUUGGAAUCAGACGACGACGAGGACGAGGACGAUGAAGACGAAGACGAAGAAGAAGACGACGACGACGACGACGACGACGAAAUGGAGGAGGACGAUGAUGAGGACGAAGACGAGAACAUUUCUGGCUCAAGCGACGACGACGACGCCGAACAUGAACAAGAAGACAGUACAAAGCUCGAUGAAGACCAAGGAAAGCGAUCACGAAAGGCACCCGGCAAAGCUAGUGCUGGAAUCGACGACUUGGACGCACCCGAUAGCGAAGAGGAGUGGUUGCAGGCGCUGGAAGCCGGUCGCCUGAAUGCUCGUGGCCAACUCGAACCAUCCAACAGCACCAUCCGCGGCUCGUCCACACGAGGAGCUGCGCUUCUUCUCAAGGAUGAUGAUUCGGUCGCUGAUGAGGUGGAAGUGCAAGCAACCCAAACGGAGCCGUCAUCUUCUUCAUCUGCGACGCGGCGUUCUGCAGGGGACACUAACCUGCUCCCUGCGUUAUCAGCUCCGGUUGGCCGCCCUCGAAAAGCCCCAGCCACCCUUCCCACAGAAGAAGACGCUCUGCGAAAAUCCGAAAAGCUUCGGAAAGACAAGUUGCGCAUGGCCAAGAAGGCAGAAGAUGAAAAGGCCCGAACGGUACAACGGCUCCUCGGUCGUCAAGUAACGCCGGUCGCUCAAAAAGAGGAGCCUGUCAAAAAGGACCCGUACGCAAUCACGAUGACAGAACCACACACUCGAAUUGUCAUCAGUGCGAAAGGGACCCUGAUAUCAUACUCUGAAGGACUCCGCUAUUAAUUCCUAAAAUUGCGCUUUGCUGUAUAAACCGUUCAUGUUUCAUUUCGACAAUAUCAAUUCCGUUACGCAUCCA